AUGUUCGUCUUUCUCAUAACUACGCCGGAUUUUAUGAAAAUCGCAGCCGCACCUCCGUGCAACAAUGUUGUAGCGUCAUUAACCCCGUGCCUCGGCUUCAUCAAGGGCGGAGCGGCUCCUGUAGCGGAAUGCUGUUCCGGUGCCAGAAACCUUGCUGGGCAAGUAAGUGGCGAAGAAGAUAGACAAGCUGUAUGCGAGUGUCUUAAAGGAGUAUUGCCCAGAAUUGGGCCGUAUGACCCUAACCGAGUGCCCCUUAUUGGCCAGGAUUGCAGUAUCGAUAUUUCAAUUCCUCCUAUUGAUGCCUCUACUGAUUGUUCCACGUAG